AAAAAAAUCUUUUCCUCUAACCUACUUAUUCUAUACAAAUUUUUAGAAGAUCUUCAACAAUCAAACAAAACGUCCAAACACGCCACUCCACUUUCGCCAGUCUCAACUACUUCGCGAAAAGCAAGCGGUACAAGUUCUGCUCCCAAAAAGCGUAAACGUACAGAUACUACAGUCGCUGAAGAUAUCUCUGAUGUUUCUUUAGUUGUCACUGCUGGUCAAACACCACUCAUAAUGCCUGGACAUUGUGAUAUGCCUGUUGAUCCAAAUGAGCCCAGAUAUUGUGUUUGCCAACAGGUAUAUUUUUUAUCCGUUAGGAUACGUAGGACCUCACUUGUAGGUAUGCCCUUGAGGGUGGGAACUCGCUUCUUUUUUCUCACAACGCCCAUGGACUGA